AAUCCCCCGGUGACAUCUAAAAAUCCAAGAUACAUACCACCAGAAGGAGACAAAUGUCCAAUCGAGGAACUUUUACCACCGGAAGUACUCGCAUACAUCUUCGAAAUUGGAACGCGUGCGGAGGAGGCGGACGAAAGCUGGGACGUGGAGGAAGACGAUGGGGAUGAGGAUUACGAGGACCUACCUUUCCCGGUACGUAUGUCGCAUGUAUGUCGACGCUGGCGACGUAUUGCAAUCAAUAUGCCUUCACUUUGGACAACACUCGACUUUGCUGAGCCUCGUCCCUUCGAGAAGAGCAGGGUGUGGCUCGAGCGUUCAAAGCAGGCUCCCCUAAACCUGGUUAUUGACCUUUCAGUUUUCGAUGAUGAAAGUGAUUCGGAUACUGAUUUUCAGGACGACGGGGAGGACCGCGAACUCGUCAAGGACAGGCAACUCUCAUUGGACCUCAAUUACAUCUUAGACUUGAUAAUCCCUCAUGUCUCUCGGUGGCGUACUUUCGAGCUCUCAGUAACCUUAUACAAACACAUAUACUUAGCGCUGAAACGCCUGGAAAAAUGUCCGGCGGACCCUGGUGCGCCACUUCUAGAGACAUUCGCUCUCUUUUGCCACGAAGACAGUGACGACUUCGACGCUGAUAGCUUUGUUUUCGAGGAGUAUCGAGAACAUAUCUUGCCGUUUGGAGGGAAUGCGCCGAAGCUCAUAGAAGCUGGACUUUGGGGUGUUCACAUAGAUUGGAAACUACUUAUACCACUCUCGGAACGAUCUGCACUUUCUUCAUUAUAUUCAACACCAACUGCCACGACCAACUUAACAGAUCUCGAAUUCGCUUACCACUCACGGGACGUCCGACCUCCUUACGAAGAGUUCAUAACCAUACUCCGAUGCGCACCAAAUCUUACUUCCCUCAAGCUCUCUGGCUCCGGACCAGCUCCUCGCCAGCACGGCCCUGCCGCACAAUCAUUAUUCCUACCCAACUUGCGAUAUCUGCAACUCGGGUUUCUUGAAGAGGACUAUGCGUGCGCGUUGUUGCGCUUAUUCUAUGCUCCAGCCCUGAAAGGCAUCUGCCUCGACUUUGACGAGGGGAUCUACAAUGCGUUUAUACGACAACUGGCAGCUCCGAUGCCACUACCGGAUCCACAACCGCCCAACUUUAGAGAUUCCAAACUAAGCGGCAUACCCUGCUCAGCAGAAAUCCCACAGCAUUUUUACUCUGCAAGCCCUCUCCUCAAACGUCUUUACCUCAAUAUGAACUACCUACCUCCCGAGUUCUUCUCCGUCCUCACGGCAGUUCCCACCCGCACUGAUUCAACAACAACUCAGCCCGUAACACCACUCUGCAAAUACCUCGAAUCACUUACCAUCUCAGGUAUUUCGGGUAACGAACUCGUUGCAUUCGUCAAGAAACGCAAAUCCCUCGGUGUUCCCAUCCGCGAAUUGAACAUUGACGAGACGGACAUUGUGACGGACGAAGAAGAAAGUUGGUUGAUCGCGAAUGUGGGUAGUGUCGAGUUCGUUGAGAUCAGUGACGAUGAGCUGGUUGAUCUGGAGGUGGAAGAUGCGGAUGAGGGUGAAGGUGAAGGAGGGGAAGCGGGACAGGGACAAGGCCAGGGAGUGGGAGAGUCGAUGGACGAA